ACGCAUUCAGUCGUUCUCCGAACAGCAGUGUCUGCAGGCUGUUCCGUAGUUUCUUUCUGCCGUCUAAUUGUGGUCCAUUUGAACAAGGGAAGAAUAACUACCAGAUACAGAAGGUCGUGCGCCUGUGGAUUUGGAUGAGUCAAGUACCUGUUCUCGUGUAUAUUAUGCAUUAGAAUCACAUUACUACUCACCUUCAUCUAAUGUGUAGUGUAUGAUUAUUCGAAGACUGUAAUCAUUUGAAGCAAAACCAUUGCCAGUCUGUGCGCAUGAUUUUUAUGUUCAUUGCUUGAGUGUUGAGAUAUGAAUUGCAGUAAGUCGCAAAGCGACCGAAGAAAGGUGUAGAUAAUUGAAAUCGAAAUCAUUGCGUUCAUAUAGUACACACAUAUAGUGAAUCGCUAGUAAAGGAAAAAACUGGCUUCAAUCUCAGAAAGUGAAAGAAAACAAGAAAUAGGUGUCCGCGAGAAGAGAAAAGAGUAACCAUGUCGGAAGCGAACGAAAGUGGCAGUUGCAGUGUAACUAAUAAUUUACUCGACGACAAUAGGAAAAAUGGCACGGUCCGUGUGCAGAUUGUGCCUUCACAGCCCAAAACGCUGUCCCAUUUGCCAACGCGUCCGGCCGUGGAUUUGGCCUUCCAUAAUCUGAACUACCGGGUAAAGGAAGGACGUCGCAACAAUGUGAAGACCAUUCUGAAGGAAGUCAGCGGCAGACUGCGGUCGGGCGAGCUGACGGCCAUCAUGGGACCUUCAGGUGCGGGAAAAAGCACGUUGCUAAACAUUCUCACCGGCUACAAAACCACAAACAUCGAAGGAUCGAUCACUAUGAACGGAAAGGAGCGUAACCUUAGCCAGUUUCGCAAACUGUCGGCGUACAUAAUGCAGGACAACCAGUUGCAUGCCAAUCUGACUGUGGAAGAAGCAAUGCACGUAGCCACCAGUUUGAAGUUGAGUCAACGAAUCGAAAAAAGCGAAAAACUGCAUGUGAUUAAGGAAAUUUUGGAAACCCUUGGACUGGACGAACAUCGAGCGACGUUGACUAGGAAUCUCUCCGGAGGGCAACAAAAACGUCUUUCAAUCGCGUUAGAGUUGGUCAACAAUCCUCCAAUUAUGUUUUUCGAUGAACCGACAUCCGGUCUAGAUUCAUCGACCUGUUUCCAGUGUGUCAGUUUGCUGAAGUUCCUCGCUCGAGGCGGACGCACUAUAAUCUGUACGAUCCAUCAACCUUCGGCUCGUCUGUUCGAAAUGUUUGACCAACUGUACACACUUGCCGAUGGGCAGUGUGUCUAUCAGGGAAACACCAAACAGCUGGUGCCAUUCCUUGGAACUCUCGAUUUGGAGUGUCCGUCCUAUCACAAUCCGGCCAGCUAUAUUAUUGAAGUUGCCUGCGGUGAACACGGCGAUCACACACGCAAACUAGUAAAUGCAAUCGACAACGGCAAACGAGACGUCCGCGGGGAAAAUGAUUUCCCAGCAUUGAAAAACAAGAAAAAUGAAAACGGCAACGUUAAUGCAAAUUUGAAAUCGAACUACGACAAGCUAAAUGGUAACAGUAACAAAUAUGCCGAAAAUUUGAGCCUUGGAGGUAACGGGUUGCUUCCACCGUCAAUGGUUAAUGACAUUGCGAAGGAAACCACAACAGAGACUGUCAAGAUUAGCGUUGAGCCGGAAAAGGAACCGGAAGUCAACACCGCACUGCUGCCCGUGGAUGGACAAAUCGAUGCUGGUCUUUCGCCCGAACGGUACCCAACCUCCGAAUUUCAUCAGUUCUGGGUGGUGCUGAAACGGACACUGCUGUUCAGUAGACGUGACUGGACACUCAUGUAUCUUCGUCUGUUCGCUCACAUUUUGGUUGGUUUCUUGAUCGGUGCGCUGUACUACGACAUCGGUAACGACGGUGCCAAGGUGCUUAGCAACCUGGGAUUCCUGUUCUUCAACAUGCUGUUCUUGAUGUACACUUCCAUGACGAUAACCAUUCUAUCAUUCCCACUCGAGAUGCCAGUUCUGCUGAAAGAAAAUUUCAAUCGUUGGUAUUCACUGAGAUCGUACUACCUAGCAAUCACAGUUUCGGACAUUCCAUUCCAAGCGAUAUUUUGCGUAUUCUACGUGUCGAUAGUCUACUACUUUACAUCGCAGCCACUUGAAUGGUUCCGUUUUUCAAUGUUUUUGGGCUCCUGUUUGCUGAUUUCGUUCGUCGCUCAAAGUGUGGGUUUGGUCGUCGGUGCUGCAAUGAACGUACAGAAUGGCGUCUUUUUGGCUCCCGUCAUGUCCGUGCCUUUCCUGUUGUUCUCCGGAUUUUUCGUUUCAUUCGACGCCAUUCCAAUCUAUCUCCGAUGGAUCACAUAUCUGUCCUACAUUCGCUAUGGAUUCGAGGGAACUGCACUGGCCACCUACUCGUAUGGUCGUGAAAAACUGAAGUGUCAUCAAGUGUAUUGCCACUUUAAAUCGCCGACAACUACCCUGGAAGAGUUGGACAUGUUGGAUGCUAAUUUCACACUGGACAUUGUUGCACUGGUGGUCAUCUUUGUUGUGCUUAGAGUUGCCGCAUUCCUGUUUUUGCGAUGGAAGCUCAAAACCACUAGAUAAAACCUGUAUCUAGCCGGCUUUGUACAGUUAACUGCAUUGCCUGAUUCAAAGUUAUUACUCGAGAAUAGUUUUAUUUUUAUAGUUCAGGGGUUUAGAGUAAAAUUUAGACACGAUUGGACUAAGAAUCACUUUGCGAUGCCGGGUGAAGUAUCCACCAAGCCAAAUUUUGUGCGACACAAAAUUGGUAACAUGACCUUAGAUAGCUAUGUACUCUUUACAAUGAAACGUGAUAGCACCGCUGGAUGUGAUGGUAAAAUCAGCAAAAAUUAACCACAUGAACGAGUAAAAGCUAAACUACAAAACUCGAUACCGUACAUAUAAGCAAAUAUUUCAAUUAAACUAACAAUAACUAAAGGGACUACGGAUUUGUAUACAAAAUAAGAUUUACAAUAACGAAAAAUCAGGAAUUCGUGGAGUUUUUAGCGUUUUUACAAGUUAUAACACUUUUCAGAACGAUACUAUUGUGAUACUUUUCAAAUUGAAGAUAAAAAUCCAAUAAAAACG